AUGGCUGAUAAGCUUGGAAUCCAUGAUCCUAGAGUAACAUGGCACACAGCAACAGUUCGACACAAAUCCUACCAUUACAUGAGGGCUGACCCGGAGAAUGAGCCACUGGCGACAAUUUUCCUUCUGCAUGGGUUUCCUGAUUUAGCUUUUGGCUGGCGGUAUCAGAUUCCUUGUUUGCAAUCUCAAGGAUAUCAGGUCAUCGCACCAGACAUGCUAGACUUUGGUAGAACCAACAGACCUGGCAGACCUUGUCGCCAAAGACAAAAGAUCAUCCUCGGUGGACACGACUGGGGCGCCGCGGUGGUUUGGCGUACAGCUCUGUGGUUUCCGGACCUGGUUCAGGGUAUUUUCAGCGUCGGCACACCGUUCAUCCCGCCUUCACAAAUCUAUCGUUCGCUGGAUGACGUCGCGCAGAGUGAGGAUAUGAAGAACUUGAGAUACCAACUGCAAUUUCGGGGCACGCAGAUCGACGAAGAGAUAACAGAAGAAACAAAGGUCCGACAGUUUCUGAAUGCCAUGUUUGGCGGGACGGGCCCUCAUGACGAAGUCGGCUUCGAUGCAUCGACGGGAAUCAUAUUCCAUAAUUUAUCCAAACUGAACCGAUCCCAUCUGUUGUCUGAUGCCGAGCUGGAGUAUUAUGUCUCUCGUUAUUUCCAGAAUGGAAAAUCUAAAGUGGAAGGGCCCCUUCGCUGGUAUCGAACACAGGCACAAAAUUAUCUCGAUGAGUUACGACUCUUAUUGAAGCCCGUCAAAUUCUCAAUGCCAGCGCUAUUUCUGGCUGCCACUCAUGACGAAACUUUGCCGACGAACCUGACCGAGGAAAUGGAUCGAUACUUCGAGAGCUUGACGUGUAAGGAGAUAGAUGGGUCUCGCUGGAUAUUAUGGGAAUCGCCUGCUGUUGUCAACGAACAGAUACUAACGUGGCUGAAGAUGAUGGUGGUGUAG